CAAGCUCCACCUCCCGAGUUCACGCCAUUCUCCUGCCUCAGCCUCCCAAGUAGCUGAGACUACAGACGCCCGCCACCACACCCGGCUAAUUUUUUGUAUUUUUAGUAGAGACGGGGUUUCACCAUGUUAGCCAGGAUGGUCUCGAUCUCCUGACCUUGUGAUGGGCCCAACUUGGCCUCCCAAAGUGAUGGGAUUACACGCGUGAGCCACCGCGCUCCGCGCCUUCAUUUCUAAUUCUUAAUAUUGCCUCCUAAACGUGCAGAGACAAGCACACGUUUUAAAGGCUAAGGAGGUUGUAGGUAGCAGAAGGCUUUAAGAAGUAGCACCUUGCUCCUCCACUGGAUGGUUUGAGCUCAAGGGACAGCUGCUCUUUGGCCUUCAGCUGACCUCAGAAACUAGAAAUACUUAUUUCAGGCUCUGUCCCAUUGGCCACUGUGGUCAGGGGUGGAAAGCACCUGCCAGGUGUUGCCCUGAGAUUGACUGGGCUAACAAACUUUUCCACAAGCUUUGUGGUUGAACAGUAGCCCCCUCCGAACCCUAUCUUUCCUUGACGUCCAAACUACAGCAGGUGUCGAGUGCCCCCUGGGUGCGAAGCUCGGUAUUAGGCAAAUAAGGGUGGUUGCUCUCCAAGGCGCUUAGCUGUCCCCUUCCUACUUUUUUGUUCGAGACUGCGUCUCGCUCUGUCGCCAGGCUGCAGUGGCGCGCUCAUGGUGGCUCACUGCAGUCUCGAUUUCCGGGGCUCUGGUGACCGUCCCACCUCAGCCUCCAGAGUAGCAGGGACCAUAGGAGCGCGCCACCACGUGUAACUUUCUGUACUUUAUUUGCAGAGAUGGGGUUUCACGUUGCCUAGGCUGGUCUCGAAUUCGUGUGCUCAAACGAUCCGCCCGCCUCAGUCUCCCAAAGUGAGAGGAUUACAGGCGUGACAUGCCACAGUGCCCGACCAAGACGCUUAGCUUUCACAACCACUUGUGUUGUUUUCACAACCACUUUCCUAUCACUAUCUACUGUUCCUAUUUUAAAAAUUACCAAACUAACCGACAAAAGAGCAUUGGACCGUGGGAUCAGGGCACGUCCCUGUGGGGUAACUUUGAGCUGGUCGCUUGCCCAGCGCGGCAGCUGAUGUCUGAAGUGUCUUCCAGUCCCAACACUCGACCUAACUCAAGGUCAGCAGUGCUCAGCUGCGGCUGGAACUGCGUCUCGAAAAUUGAAGGCCUUCUCUGCCACAGCCUUCGUUCCCGGGGGCAGAAAGAGGAAACUUCUCAGCUGUGGGCACACCGGCGCCUUCGCAGAGGUUCGAGGUCCGGCCCGGAUGCUCAAGUUCCGGCCUGAAAUGAACUAUGGGGUCCGGGAGGGGUCGCCUUGUUGCUCCGGAAGGCUUCCCCUUCAGCCAAUCACCGUUCGAGGUCCGCCCCCCCGCCCCCGGAAGGAACCAUCGCCCCGAGCAACUGCAACGUUCGGCUUUCUGAGUUGGGUGGCGGGAAAUGCGAUGAGUAAAUGCCGGGGAGAAGCUGCAGCGGGAGCCGCUGGGAUCCUCCUGAGGUACCUGCAGGAGCAGAACCGGCCCUACAGCGCCCAGGAUGUGUUCGGGAACCUGCAGCGGGAACACGGACUGGGCAAGGCGGUGGUGGUGAAGACUCUGGAGCAGCUGGCACAACAAGGCAAGAUCAAAGAGAAGAUGUACGGCAAGCAGAAAAUCUAUUUUGCGGAUCAGGACCCGUUUGACAUGGUGAGUGAUGCUGACCUUCAAGGCCUAGAUGGCAAAAUCGUGGCCCUCACUGCUAAGGUGCAGAGCUUGCAGCAGAGCUGCCGCUACAUGGAGGCUGAGCUCAAGGAAUUAUCUAGUGCCCUGACCACACCAGAGAUGCAGAAAGAAAUCCAGGAGUUAAAGAAGGAAUGUGCUGGCUACAGAGAGAGAUUGAAGAACAUUAAAGCAGCUACCAAUCAUGUGACUCCAGAAGAGAAAGAGCAGGUAUACAGAGAGAGGCAGAAGUACUGUAAGGAGUGGAGGAAGAGGAAGAGGAUGGCUACAGAGCUGUCUGAUGCAAUACUUGAAGGAUACCCCAAGAGCAAGAAGCAGUUCUUUGAGGAAGUUGGGAUAGAGACGGAUGAAGAUUACAAUGUCACACUCCCAGACCCCUGAGGGGCCCACGGUCCGGAGUGGUGGGGACUGCAGGAUGUCAGAAGAGUGAGAUGUCCUAGACUGGCUACCUUGUUUUUGGUUGGCUUUUGUUGUCUUUCCUGCUGCUUUUCACCUUUAAGCAAAGCAGUCAGGAGACAGGCAUAAACCAGAGCACUGGGUGGAAGAUGAGGGCUGGUGGCUGGGGUAGACCCAGCCCAUUUCAUUGUCUAAAUUGCAGUAGCUUGAGGUUAACAUUUAGACUUGGAACAAUGCUAAAGGAAAGCAUUUGGCAACAUUUAUUGUAAUUUAAUUUGAUAUAAAAAUAUUUAAUUUUCUCUGGAUAGUCAAACCUGCCAGAUACCAAACCUGAGGAAGGCAGAAGUGAACCUGGAGAACUAAGGUAGAGAGAGGUUGCUAUAAAACGAGCAUUUGGAGGGCCCACGGCUUCACUCAGGACCUACUGGGCUUGUGUACCCCAGGAGACCUUUCGAGUAUCUUUUGUACUCUUUCACCCCACCCCCAAGUCCUGGGAGAAACGCAGGCAACACUGAGACAUGGGAGAGGCCAAGAUAUGCUUGACAGAAAAGCUGGGGGUGAUUUUGAGGCCCAGUUAAUAUUUCAAAAUUGUAACCGUAGCAAAACUGCAUUGGUAUUUAGAAAAAUAAAAAAUUUCCAGUAUGUA